AUGGAAGAAGAGAAUAAGCUGGUGGAGAAGAUGAUCGAGUUUGGCUACCCCAAGGAAAUCAGCCUGAGGGUUAUCAAGAAGAGCCGUGCGAAAACGAUCGACGAAGUGCUGAACUGGAUCGAGCAGAGCGAACAGAAUGGAGGUGACGGAGGUGCAGCUACUCCUCCCGAGUAUUUAAACGAUGAAUACGGAGGAAAGAACCCCCCACACACAACAAUAAGAACAACUACUACUACUACUGCUACAACUGCUACUACUACCCUGGAUAAGGGUGAAGGCAAACCCAAAAUGACCCCAGAAGAAGCACAGAGAAAAGCACUGGAACUACAGAAAAAAAUCAGAGAAAAAAAAAUGAUGAAGGAAAAAGAAGAAGAAAUACAAAAAGAAAAAAACCGAAUUGCUAUGGCCAAGGAAAUGCAAAGAAGAAAAGAACAAAUGGAAGAAUUCGAAAGAAAAAAAUACCUCCAAAAUUUGGAAAAAGAAAAAAAUGAACAUAAAAAGGAAAAAGAAAAACAACUUGAAUUGUUAAGGAAAGAAUAUGAAGCCAAGUUUGGCAUCGCAUACCAAGCACAGAGUGAAAAAAAAAGCAUCAAAGAUUUAACAGAAAAUGAAAAGAGGGAAGAAAUUGCUAUUUUGCUAAAUAGCUUAAAAAAUAAACACAAGGACAAGAAGAACGAAUUACUUAGCUCGCUAACCAUUUUGAAGACGUACUUUUGCAACAUCAGGGAUAAUAUUUUGGAAAAGAAAUUUCAAAAAAUUAAAAAGCAGAAUAAGGUGUUCCUCGAGAAGAUUAAAGUGUACGAGGAGAUGCUACAGGUGUUUUUGCUUGUCGGGUUUGAGGACACAGGCGACUUCUACGAAAUUAAAAGCUUCCCAAACACGUACCUCAUCGCGUCGGCUAUCAAGUUCAUUGAUUUAAUUAUGAAGAAUUUGAAUUAGUAUGUGAGGAAAAAAAAAAAAUGAGCAUCCAAACAGGGGGUCCGACUCCGGGCCAAACACACUGAGACUUUAAAACAAAACGAACGUUUUUUACUGUUACACAUAAACAAGGGAAAAACGAAGAAUGAUUUCCGCACUUAAAAAAAAGCCCCCCGCUUCUUACCAAGGAGGUACACAUACACACACACACACACACACACAGGUGCGUAAUGAUGUGCGUGC